GCUCUAAGGUUUGAAGAAUUCCCCGGUAGAUGGCUCUUUUGGCCAAUUGCCCAUAAUGGGAAUUUGGCCGUCAAAGAUAAAAAGCACAACGGGUGUUCGAUUAGAUAAGCACGUAAUAAUCCAAUUUGUAGGCCGUUGACGCAAGCUGCGCCGUGACCCCGUCAGUAACUUGACGAGUUUUGACGAAUCAGCACGAUGGGUGAGGAAGCUCCGGUAUCGGUUGGCGAGGAAGUUGAAGCGGUUCCUGCGGAACCGAGACAGGAAGAGGCCAAGGCGGCUGUUACAUCAGCGGUACCAGCGGUAGAGUCCGGCACGAAGGAGCUUCCCCAGUACAUGCACGAUGCCGUGGCUCAGAUUGCGCCGGAGCAGGGAUUUACCCCAGGUCAGUUCAAGAUUGACUUUGAGGUAGGUUCCGGCAAGGGGGACGGAUUUGUGGGGGAGAUGUUCCGCGCUCGGAUUACCGAGGGUGCACGGGAGCUGGUGGUGCUGUGCAAGAUCCCGCCGAUCAACGAGGCGCGGAGGCAGCAGUUUGGUUCGAUGGUGAUCUUCGAACGCGAGGUGGAAGCGUACUCCAAGUUGCUACCGGCGAUGUACGAGUUCCAGCGGGAGAAGGGCGUCACGGAGGAGUUGGAUGUCGGGUUCUUCAACGCUCCCAAGUGCUACCUGUCGUACUGGGACGGUCCGAAGGAGGAGUCCGCGAUCUUGAUGGACGAUCUGCGUCUCCGAGGUUACCGGAUGUGGAACAAGAUGAUACCGGUGAACUACGAGCACGCCAGGCUGCUGAUGGUUCAGCUGGGAAGACUGCAUGCCGUGUCGUUCGCCAUGAAGGAUCAACGUCCUGAAGUUUUUGAGCAGUUCAAGCUUCCGGAUCCGAUGACACGCAUGAUGCUAGAGGGUGAAUCCGGUGCAGUGUUCGUUGGUAUGAUGAACAUGUCCAUGGAUCGCGCGAUAGGUCUGCUUCAGCCGGAGGAGGAGAAACUUCGUCAGAAGCUGCUGAAAGCGAAGGACAGCAUGUUUGAUGAUUUGAAGAAUCUUACCAGUCCAGCUCAGUGUGAACCGUACGCCAUUCUCGGACAUGGCGAUUGCUGGGUCAACAACUUCAUCUACUCGUACAAGAACGGAGUCCCCACGGAGAUCGUCCUGCUCGACUGGCAGAUCUGCCGGUACGUAUCCCCGGCCCUGGACCUGCUCUACUUCAUCUUCGGCUGCACCGACGGCGAGUUCCGCCGCAAGCAUUACGACGAGAUGAUCCGGCUGUACCACCGGUCGCUGACGGAGCUGCUCGAGAAGCUGGGCGGUGACCCGACCCGCCAGUUCCCGUACACGGCACUGCUGCGCCAGCUCAAGCAGCACGGCAAGUUCGGCCUGUUCAUGGCGAUCUUCAUGGUGCCGAUGCUGUGCGUGGACAACGCGGACCUGCCGGACAUGGACGCGCAGGCGGAAAAGUACAAGGAGACCAAGGAAAGCGGCGGAAUGGAAGAACUGGACAACGAGUGGAUGCAGAUGAUGACCAAGUCGGAGGACAAGUACCGCAAGCGGAUGGGCGACGUGUUGCGGGAUUUGGCCAGGUUUGGUUUGAUCAAAAAAGACGCAGCUAUGGCACCGUCUCUGGAAAACCUACCGCAGUACAUUCACGAUGCGGUAGCUCGGAUAGCCCCCGAGCAGGGAUUCACUCCUGGUCAGUUCAAAAUCAGCUUCGAAGUCGGUUCCGGAAAGGGUGAUGGCUUCGCUGCAGAUAUGUUCCGUGCCCGGAUAACCGAGGAUGGCCGUGAGCUGGUCGUACUGUGCAAGGUUCCACCAGUGAACGAAGCCCGCAGACAGCACUUUGGCGCAACGAUCAUAUACGAACGGGAGUUCGAAGCGUACUCGAAGUUCUUACCAGCUAUCUUCGAGUUUCAGCGAGAGCGGGGCGUUACGGAAGAACUUGGGGAAGGAUUCUUCAACGUACCCAAGUGCUACUUGGCGUACUUCGAAGCCGAGAAGGAGGAGACGGCAAUCUUGAUGGAAGACCUGCGUCUCCGAGGUUACCGGAUGUGGAACAAGAUGAUACCGGUGGACUACGAGCACGUUAAGCUGCUGAUGGUUCAGCUGGGAAGACUGCACGCCGUAUCGUUCGCCAUGAAGGAUCAACGUCCUGAGAUAUUCGAACCCUUUAAGGUUUCCGAUCCGUUUUCAAUGAUGGUCGACGGAAAUGAACCAGUUAUGGGAAUGAUCCAAACGUCGUUUGAACGUGCCAUUGGAUUGCUGAAUCCAGAGGACAAGCUCCUGUCAGAGUUGCUCGCGUUCAAAAGCACCCUAUUUCAAGACUUGAAAGACCUCAUGAAUCCAGCACUCUGCGAGCCGUACGCGGUUCUUGGUCACGGUGACUGUUGGAUCAACAACAUGAUCUUCUCGUACAAGAACGGCACCCCCUCCGACAUAGUCCUGCUCGACUGGCAGAUCUGCCGUUACGUAUCCCCAGCUCUGGACCUGCUCUACUUCAUCUUCUGCUGCACCGACGGCGAGUUCCGCCGCAAGCACUACGACGACAUGAUCCGGACGUACCACCAAUCGCUGUCCCAACUACUCCAAAAGCUCGGCGGUGAUCCGGCCCGCCAGUUCCCGUACCCAGUCCUCCUCCGUCAGCUGCGCCAGCACGGCCGGUUCGGGCUGCUGAUGGCGGCGUGUCUGACGCCGAUGCUGGUCAGCGAGAGUCGCGAUCUGCCCGACAUGGAGCAGCUGGCGGAGCGGUUCGAGGAAACGCGCACCAUGACGCUGGAGGUCAAGACGGACGAGACGGAGCGGCGGUACCGGAAGCGGAUGGGCGAGGUGCUGCGGGAUGUGGCCGCGUUUGGGUACAUUUAGGAGGGGGCUUUAGAUGAUUAUCUGUUUAUAUAAAUAGCGCAGACUAUGAUGCUUGCAAUAAAAAAAAUA